UGAGGAAGGAACUGUACUAUUAUAUCCCGGGAGGAAGGGUUGAUGACGUCUGUGGCAUGCUUAAUGUGACUUAUUGAAAAAAAGGCAAGACUCCCUAUUCAUGGAUAAAAAUCCGAGGUAAUCGGAGCACAGCAGAAAAAGUUUUGCAAAAGGAUAUGUAGACAAACGAGUGCUGAUUUCACCGAAGUUUUGUUUGGAAAAGUGAUUUUGUUUAUAUUGAUUAUUGUAUAAAAGUGCAGGGGCUGAACCGACGAGCACAUAAGCAAAGGACGGUGGCGCUUCAGGGAAGAGGUGCUGUGAGGAAGAUCUCUAUCUCUCUCACACAAUCACAGCCGCACCCGAGUCGCAUCCAACAGCAUUUCUAUCUACCUACUCUGCAAUAGCAUGGCUAGAUCUAGUAAAGCGACUUUAGCUUUGCUCAUCUACGGAAUCAUGAUGCACUACAGCGCCUUCUGCACGCCUAUUGGGAUGACUUUUCCCAAGAUGAGACUAGACAACGAUGUAUUUGACGAAGACGGAAACUCGUUAAGCGACCUGGCUUUUGGGACUGAUCAAAUUGCUAUACGAAGUCCUCCCUCUCUCGCGGAUGACCUGUACACGCUAUACUAUCCUCCAGAGAAAAGAACGGAAAGGCAUGCAGAUGGAUUAUUAGAUAGAGCCUUGAGGGACAUCCUGGUUCAGUUAUCAGCACGAAAAUAUCUGCAUUCUCUGAUGGCAGUUCGCGUAGGCGGAGGAAGCAGCGAGGAGGACGAAUCGGAAACCUUAUCAAAAAGGCAUUCGGAUGGGAUCUUCACCGACAUUUACAGUCGCUACCGAAAACAGAUGGCCGUCAAGAAGUAUUUAGCAGCCGUCCUGGGAAGAAGGUACAGACAGAGAAUUAAAAACAAAGGACGUCGAUUUGCUUAUUUGUAGCGCUGACAAAACCGCCCCCAACUGCCCCUCCAUGUGUACAUUCAGUUCUAAGAUCAAAUUCAUUCUGAUAUAACUGAUUAAUCAGUGGAUCGCGCCUGUGUUCUUUAAACAUGUAUUUAUGUAUGAAGUAAAGCCAUUAAAAUGAAUAUUUUACUAAUAACAUUGUUUUUCUUUUUGUACAAAAGCACUUGAAACCGCACAGUUAUACUUUGUGGACCAACCGUUCAGUUUCAUGUAUAUAGCUAUAUAUGUUAAAAACAAAAGAGAACAAAAACCAUCAGGAGAAGAAAAAAAGAAAAAAAAAAGAAAAUGUGCACCUUGAACGUUAUGCGCCUGAUAUCUUUUCAAAUUCAUCAUCAUAUGCAGAAAAUAAAUAGAUUUUAAAAAGACAA